GUCGGACUGGAGGGAAUGAACACGGACAGGAUGUGACGUUUCGCCGUUGUUUUUGCGGGCGAGUUUUUCGCGGCAAACUGAACUCGACCACAGCGAUGACUGACAACACACAGCCUUAAUACGGACACCAGUUACAGAUUCGCGCACUUGGCCAGUAAUUUCUCGAAGUGAAGAGUUGGCGAGGCGAGGCGAGAUGGCGGGCGUUACCGGCGAGACGAUAAAAAUCGAGCUGCAGACUUUUGACAUAAGCUGUGACGAUGAUGCGGUGCUCGACAAGAUGUUGGAGCAGUGUUUAUGUCACAGAAUUAAGGGGGAGGACAUUGUAAACGAGUGGGUUGCUUUCAGCACAACUAAAGGCCUGCUAAAGCUCACUGUCAACAAUCUGGAGACAUUUGAGCAUGAGGUUUUGAAUAAGAAACAUAAGAACAAAGGCUCUUCAAAGAGUAGUAAGUUUAACAACACCAGAGAUGUUCACUCCAUCCAAGAACUAAUUAAAGCCGAGGAGGAGGAAGAAAAUUUACUGGAUUCAUAUUCAACCCCAGCCAAGGGCUCUCAGAAACGUGCUCUCACCACCCCGGAACACCCUCAGUCAAAGCGCGCUGCUGCCCGCUUACCCAGUCCAGGUUUGCUGCUCUCCCCUGCCAGCUUUUCCCCAUGUCCGACCCCCUCUCAGAAGUACAGCAUGCGUGGGGCACGGGGUGAGGUGGUGGCCACGUUUGGGGCUGUGCAGGGUCCUCGCUGGUCUGGGAAAGGCCAAAUGGCGGUCCAGGUGGAUCUGCUUGAGGGCCGAGAGGACUCGCUCACCGGCUCCUACAAAUACAUGUUCCAGAGGCUCAGAGAUGUGCGAGAUGUUUUGACAGAAAAGAUUGAAGGGCUGGGGGAGGAGCUGAGGACGCAUUUCAAUAUAGAGGAGUUUUCUCCAGCUUCACUACCUGUUCAGGACACAGUAACAGUGUUGGGACAAGUGUGCUGUGACAGUAAUGGGAAGCUGAAUGCUCAGUCUGUGCUGCUGGAGGCGAGCCAGGAGCACGGAGCAAGACAAGUGCCUGUGGAUCUGUCUGAGCUCAAAGAUUAUUCACUUUUUCCUGGACAGGUUGUUGUCAUGGAAGGCAUCAACACCUCUGGUUCGAGGUUUGUUGCCUCCAAACUCUAUGAGGGUGUUCCUUUACCUUUUUACUCCACUCCAGAGUCAACACAGGAAAUGAACGAAGCCUCGGAGCCUGUGAUGGUGAUGGUGGCCUGUGGGCCAUAUACUCCAUCUGAUAGCCUGGCCUAUGAUCCUCUGAUUGACCUGAUUAACAUUAUUAAUAAAGACCGCCCUGAUGUCUGCAUACUGCUUGGACCAUUUGUCGAUUCCAAGCAUGAGCAAAUUGAGAAAGGACAGGUAACAGAAACAUUUGAAACCAUCUUCUCCAGAUGUAUGGACAGCAUUGUGGAUGGAACCAGAGGGACGGGAUGCAAGCUGGUGUUCAUUCCGUCUCAACGAGAUGUACAUCACCAUUACAUUUACCCACAGCCUCCUUUCACACUCCCAGACCUCAAGAAGGAUGAUGUGCAGCGAGUGACCUUGGCCCCUGAUCCUUGCACACUCCUCAUUGGUGGUGUGACUUUGGGAUUGACGUCUACAGACCUCCUGUUUCACAUGGGAGCUGAAGAAAUCAGCAGUGCUACCGGCUCAGACAGAUUCUCACGGAUCAUGAAGCACAUGUUAACCCAGCGGAGCUAUUACCCUCUCUACCCCCCUGCAGAGGAGGUCAACAUGGAUUAUGAAAGAUUUCAGCAGUACGGCCUGCUGCCCCUCACUCCUGACGUUCUGAUCAUACCUUCUGAAAUGCGCUAUUUUAUCAAGGAUGUGAUUGGAUGCGUGUGUGUCAAUCCUGGGCGUCUAACAAAAGGACAGGUGGGUGGAACCUAUGGACGGUUACUCAUCAAGCAGAACCCAGUGUAUGAAGAGGGGAGAAGAGUGAGCCCGUGCAUAGCAGGACAGGUGGUGAAAAUUUAGCUCCAUGCUUGUCUCGCUUUUCUACUCGUCACUUUUUUUUGUAUUCUCCAUGUUCAUUUUAUGUCUAAGUACAUUUUCACACUAAGGCAAAUUGUGGGAAAAUAAAAUGUAUAA